GGUGCCUGGUUGUUCCAGUUAAGCGUCAGCUGGGUUAUCUGUUUAACUACCGUACCAACAUUGAGGACCUCUCUCAAGAGGUUGAGAAGCUGAGGCAUGCCAGGGAUGGGCACCAACACUCUGUGAAUGAAGCUAUUGGGAAUGGACAUAAAAUCGAGGAUUAUGUUUGCAAGUGGUUGACACUUGCUGAUGGGUUCAUACAAGACGCUUGCAAAUUCCUUGAAGAUGAGAAAGAGGCACAGAAGAGUUGUUUCAAUGGGUUGUGUCCUAAUUUGAAGUCCCGGUACCAGCUAAGCAGGGAAGCAAGGAAGAAGGCACGGGUUGCUGUUCAAAUGCAUGGAGAUGGCCAAUUUGUGAGGGUAUCAUAUCGUGCCCCUCUGCAAGAGAUAAGGUCUGCACCUUCCGAAGCUUUACGAUCAAGAGUGUUGACUUUGGAUGAAGUCAUGGAGGCCUUAAGGGAUGCCAAGAUCAACAAGAUCGGGGUAUGGGGGUUGGGCGGUGUCGGGAAGACCACGCUGGUGAAACAAGUGGCUGAACAAGCUGCUCAAGAGAAGUUAUUCGACAAGGUGGUCACGGCAGCUGUGUUACAGACUCCAGACUUCAAAAAAAUUCAAGGGGAACUUGCAGACCUGCUAGGUAUGAAAUUUGAGGAGGAGAGUGAACAGGGAAGAGCAGCUCGACUAUAUCAGAGGAUGAACGACGAGAAGACCAUCCUCAUCAUCUUGGAUGAUAUUUGGGCGAAACUUGACUUGGAGAAAAUAGGAAUUCCUUCUCCAGAUCACCACAAAGGAUGCAAAUUAGUGCUAACUUCUAGAAAUGAACACAUCUUGUCCAAUGAGAUGGAUACUCAAAAGGAUUUUCGAGUUCAACCUUUGCAAGAAGAUGAAACAUGGAUUUUAUUUAAGAACACAGCUGGUUCCAUUGAAAAUCCAGAGUUGCAACCUAUAGCUGUUGAUGUAGCAAAAGAAUGCGCGGGUUUGCCACUUGCAAUAGUAACUGUGGCAACGGCAUUGAAAGGCGAGAAGAGUGUGUCCAUUUGGGAGGAUGCCCGGCUACAACUGAAAUCGCAAACCUCGACAAACAUAACAGGACUGACAUCAAAUGUAUACUCAAGUCUGAAGUUGAGCUACGAACACUUGAAGGGAAUUGAAGUGAAGUCAUUUUUCUUGCUUUGUGGUUUAAUUUCUCAAAACGAUUUUCAUAUAUGGGACUUGUUGAAAUAUGGUGUGGGUCUGCGAUUAUUUCAAGGAACUAAUACAUUGGAAGAGGCGAAAAAUAGAAUAGAUACAUUGGUUAACAACCUCAAAUCCUCAAAUUUGUUACUAGAAACUGGCCAUAAUGCAGUUGUUAGAAUGCAUGAUCUUGUUCGGAGUACUGCCAGAAAAAUUGCAUCCGAUCAACAUCAUGUGUUUACACUCCAGAAUACUACUGUAAGAGUGGAAGGAUGGCCAAGGAUAGAUGAACUCCAGAAGGUCACCUGGGUAAGUCUGCAUGACUGUGAUAUUCAUGAACUUCCAGAAGGGCUGGUAUGUCCGAAACUUGAACUUUUUGGAUGUUAUGAUGUAAACACCAAUUCGGCAGUGCAAAUCCCAAACAAUUUUUUUGAAGAGAUGAAGCAACUCAAAGUAUUACAUUUAUCUCGAAUGCAACUUCCAUCGCUGCCCUUAUCACUUCACUGCCUUACAAAUCUUCGAACAUUGUGUUUGGAUGGAUGCAAGGUGGGAGACAUUGUUAUAAUUGCAAAGCUAAAGAAAUUAGAAAUUCUUAGCCUUACGGAUUCUGAUAUGGAACAGUUGCCCAGAGAAAUAGCACAGUUGACUCAUCUAAGGAUGUUAGAUUUGAGCGGUUCUUCGAAACUGAAAGUAAUUCCAUCAGAUGUCAUAUCAGGCUUGUCCCAAUUAGAGAAUUUGUGUAUGGCAAAUAGCUUUACUCAAUGGGAGGGGGAAGGAAAGAGUAAUGCUUGCCUUGCUGAGUUGAAGCAUUUGUCUCAUUUAACCUCUUUGGACAUACAAAUACGAGAUGCCAAGUUGCUGCCAAAAGACAUAGUCUUUGAUACCUUGGUGAGAUAUAGAAUAUUUGUAGGUGAUGUCUGGAGCUGGGGAGGAACUUUUGAAGCCAAUAAUACAUUGAAGCUCAAUAAGUUCGAUACAAGCCUUCAUCUGGUGGAUGGUAUCAGCAAGUUGUUGAAGAGAACUGAAGAUCUACACUUGCGUGAAUUGUGUGGUGGUACUAAUGUUCUUUCCAAAUUAAAUAGGGAGGGUUUUCUUAAAUUAAAGCAUCUUAAUGUUGAAAGCAGCCCAGAGAUUCAAUAUAUUGUGAACUCGAUGGAUCUGAGUUCAUCACAUGGUGCCUUUCCUGUUAUGGAGACCUUGUCUCUCAAUCAGCUGAUUAACUUGCAAGAAGUAUGCCAUGGUCAAUUUCCAGCAGGGUCCUUUGGUUGCUUGAGAAAAGUGGAAGUGGAAGAUUGUGAUGGCUUGAAAUUUCUCUUCUCGUUGUCUGUGGCUGGAGGCCUUUCCCGACUUGUAGAAAUAAAAGUAACUAGCUGCGAGAGUAUGGUUGAGAUGGUUUCCCAAGGAAGGAAAGAAAUAAAAGAAGAUACUGUUAAUGUGCCUCUGUUCCCUGAAUUGAGACACUUGACAUUACAGGACUUACCCAAGCUCAGUAAUUUCUGCUUUGAGGAGAACCCGGUGCUCUCGAUGCCUCCAAGCACAAUUGUUGGCCCUAGUACACCACCUUUCAACCAACCGGAGAUCAGGGAUGACCAACGUCUGCUUUCCUUGGGGGCCAACCUCCGGUCUCUCAAGUUGAAGAAUUGCAAGUCACUGGUGAAACUAUUCCCACCUAGUUUGUUACAGAAUUUGCAAGUACUCACAGUGGAAAAUUGUGAUAAACUGGAACAAGUAUUUGAUCUGGAUGAUGGACAUGUUGGGCUCCUCCCUAAAUUAGCAGUACUGGUUUUGAUUGAUUUACCAAAGUUGAGGCAUAUAUGCAACUGUGGCAAUAGCAUAUUCCCUAAAUUAAUCCAUAUUUCAUUGAAAUCUUUGCCCAACCUCUCAAGCUUCUCCUCUGGAUAUCAUUCCUUCCUAAGGCUUCACCAUGCAGACCUUGAUACCCCUUUCCCAGUGCUCUUUAAUGAAAUGGUUGCAUUUCCUAGCUUGGAGUUUUUAAACAUCGUGGGACUGGAUAAUGUGAAAAAAAUAUGGCACAACCAACUUCCUCAAGAUUCCUUUUCCAAACUAAAAAGGGUGAAGGUAGCAUCAUGUGGAGAAUUGUUGAAUAUUUUUCCAUCUAGUAUGCUGAACAGGUUACAGAGUCUACAGUUUCUGAAAGCAGAGGAUUGUAGUUCAUUAGAAGAGGUUUUUGAUGUGGAAAGGACAAAUGUGAAUGUGAAGGAAGGUGCAACUGUCACUCAGUUGAGUCAAUUGAUUCUAAGAUCACUGCCAAAAGUUGAGAAGAUAUGGAAUGAGGAUCCCCGUCGAAUUCUCAGUUUUCGAAACUUACAAUCAAUAACGAUUGAUAAAUGUCAGAGUUUGAAAAACCUUUUUCCAGCAUCUUUAGUCAGAGAUCUUGUGCAACUCCAGGAGCUGGAUGUGUUGUGUUGUGGGAUAGAGGAAAUCGUUGCGAAGGACAAUGGAGUCGACACAGAGGCUACGUUUGUAUUCCCUAAAGUAGCUUUUGUCGCUCUCUCCUGUCUACAUCAACUCAGGAGUUUCUACCCAGGGGCGCAUACUUCAUGGUGGCCAUCGUUGAAACAACUGACGGUGCGUGAGUGUUAUAAAGUCAAUGUAUUUGCAUUCAAAAAUCCAACAUUCCGACAAAGACAUCAUGAGGGAAAUCUUGAUAUGCCACUUUCCUUGCUCCAAUCUGUAAGUUCCCUAAUUUUACCCCAUCAUGUUUCCUUAGAUUUUACCUUAAAUAAGUAAACCCAUGAAAAGAGGGAU